GCUUCGUGGUCCGGUGGUCCUCUCUACUCCACAGUGUUUCCACGGAGCGCUGCACAAGUCCUAAAUUGAGUUGCUACCUUAGUGAAGUUGUCCAGCAUCCCUGACCAGAGAGCUCUAUAGCAGGCACCAUGCUCCUCAGAGUCUCUCUCCUGCUCCUCUCCGGAUCCAUUCUCCUCAACUGCAUCCCUGCACAGAGGAUUAGAGUGAGAAGACAGAACAUGAAGGUUCGCAUCAACGCUACGGGCGACACCAUCGUGAUGAAGUUUGUCCGGCCCAACCCUGACACCAAGCUGGAGGGCUACAUCCUGGGCUACGGCAGCAGCAUGUUCUCUAAACAGUUCAUCCAGCUGCCUGAGAAUGGAGAGCCCUACGAGACUGAGAUAGAUGCUGAACCCAAGUAUCUUGUUGCUGUCCAGCCAAUCCCGAGCAACGACGUAAAGAAACAAUGCACAGGAAAGGUCAACCUGGAGAAGCCACUCCACCUGGUUAUUGGCUCCGUCACCCCAACCUCUGUGCUGCUGUCCUGGGGAACCUUCCUGAAGACGCCCUACGAAGCAGGCAACAUCAUGAACGACUGUUUGGAAGACGGACACUACACCGUCCGCUACAGGGAGAGGAACAGGAAGUGGAUCUACCAGACCUGCCCCACCAGCGACACUGUGGUUGACAACCUGAAGCCCGACACCCCAUAUGAGUUUGGGGUCCGCUCCAACAAAGACGAACGCAGCGGAAUCUGGAGCAAGCCUGUCAUUCACAAAACCAACAUGGGCGCAGGGUUGGACAAAAGCGUCCAGAAACCCUACAAGCACCGGACCCCUAUUGUGAAGCCAAUGAAACCACCCAUGUCCCGUGCACUUUUCCCACCUCGUCCAGCUAUUCACAAUAAGACUCAGCCUAGACUCCCUCUAACCAAAAACCAAGGUUUCCCAGGAGCUCCCAAGACAUCUUUUGCACCACCAGAGAGACACCUGGAAGCUAGACCUGACCCCCGCUCCAAUGAGCCUCAAUGGCCACAGUUCCCACUGGACGGAGGAAACAGUAUUAGAAAUGCUUCCUCUCAUCUCGUGGACCUCCCUCCUGCCCCCUCCCAACUCCUGCCCACCAAAACCCCCAGUACCUCCUCUGCCACCCCUGUCCUUAACAACCCCUCUCCACCCGGUGAAAAGCAACAGGGAAAGACCCAACCCAGGGGACCUACUAGCGCCACAGUGAAGCCACAUAACCAUUCCUCUGCUCUCAGCGAAUCACAGAAAGGAGCAUCACUGCUAACCCCCCACCCUGGGCAGUGAGAAAAGCCAAUAAUAACAACUUGGGUAACGAUG